CCCAAAUCAUGCAUCCUAAUUUCCAAUCUUAAACCCCAGCAAAGAAAUGUACAAAACCUCAACAAAAUUUAGACCCCCAGAAAAUGGCAGCAAUACUCUCACCUCCUUCUUCUUCAACUUGCAACUGUCAGUUCGUCAGCAGCCCCUCUUCCGUUUCCCGCCAAUUCAUCAACUGCCAACCUCAGUUCUUCCCUAAAGGUCUGAGGUUGCCAUUGUUCAAAAAACACAAAUUUGAAGCUGCAAUUAAGGCUGUGAAUGGAGCAAGGGCAUUCAAAACGACGUCGUGGGAUGAAAAACCCUCUGAAAUACUACCUGAUGGUAAAAAGGUUUACUUAGAUGAGCAAGAUAUUGUCACAUUUCUUGACCCUCCUAAAGAACUCAUUCCUUUGGACCCUUCUUCUUAUAAUCCUGCUUCAUAUCUCUGGAAGAAAAUUUCGGAAAUCCCGGAUGAAAGACGACAUCGAUUGCUAUACCUUCUGGAUCCUAGGCUUAUUUCGGCAGCUUGGGAGGUCGCUGGUGGGCGCUACAAUGAUGCAAAGUUAGCUAAGUUGAACUCUUCUAAUUUGGUGGCUGGUGAAAAUGAUGCCUUGACACUUGAAUUCUGGAAUUGCCGUAAUACUGGAGGACCAUUGCCAAUGGGAUUAGUCAAAUAUUUGCAGAAGGCUUUAUUUCGCAAAGAUGGAGGCAUUUAUGGAAGACUAAUGGGUGUGUCUUUGCUAGCUCGAAUGGCAACUUCUUCCAGUCCACUGUAUUUUACAGUAAAAGAAGCUCAUGAAGUGAUGCCUACGGAACAACCUUGUGAUUUAGCUUAUGAAUUCGGGGAUGGACUCUUAGAUCUUCAUGAUUAUCCAGAAGGUUUUCCAAUGCCCGCAAAACAUCCAUGGCCUUUCAAUGAUCAGGUAGUCAUAUAUGUUCGUCAUCUUGGGCCUGGGGUUAUGGUUGGACAGGCAUGGCAAGAGGGCAUAGCAUUGGAACAAGUACCCAAGAAGUUAUGUGGUGAAAUCCUAAUGGUGAAAGAUUAUUCCGUGUCUAGUGGAAAUGGUAGCUAGAUUCAGUAUUUUCCCGGGUUUUUCUGAUGGCAAAAAGAUCACUGCUGCAUCAGGAGAACCUUCACCAGUAGAAGCUGCUGUCUUUUUUUUUAUCAGAUUCUUCAUACCCUUGAACGUAUUGACUAUCUCGGAGUUGACUGAAGAUUAGUGAUAGUGAUGAGUGUUGGGGAAUGAAGAGCUUCAAUCAUGUUUAUAUUUGUAGAAAACAAAGCCUACUUCUAUCCUUGCAAAAAGCAAAGAUUGUGUUGUUGUUUGUAGCUUGUAACCCAUUGUAGCCAUCCAAGAACAAACUUUUAUGUAUGUUCUUUCUCCAAAGUUUCAUGGUAUAUUAUUGACAAAACUCUAAUGCUUACUGUA